CCUGCAGCAAAAAAUCUUCUGUGUGCACAGACUUAUUCAAAUGAAGCAAGGCGAUUGUUUUGCGCACUUACACAGUUCGUUUGAGUCUGUACUUCAAGAAAAUGAACCAAUAAUGGAAGGACAUAUAAAACUGGAUUUUUCGCAACCCGACUCUGUUUUGGGUUGAUAUAAUCCACACGGCUUUCUCCCGGUUUGCAGUUAAGGUUUUUGGAUGUCACGUUUAUCAGAAGAAAGGAGGAGUCGUUGUUUUUUUCAUUGUAGCUUGGUGGUGCUUUACGUUUGAGAAUACAGACUGUUAAAAUCUUCAACACAGGUGAGCAGUUGUGAACGUCUUUAAAGUUUUCACUUGAAGCACCCUGUUUUGCAAACAAGAGUCUGUCUUUCGAGGGGUGCAGAACACAGCAAGGUUUUGCGCUUCUCGGGGGUGUUAACUGAAAACAGGACAAUCUCAAUACUGUGAAGCUGAAUUUUUCCAACUGAAGUCGACCGAGCCAGGACAUCGUAGGGCAUCGUAUGCUUCAUACUUCCAGAACCAUGUCUUCUCAAAACAAAUUCAAGAAGGACAAGGAGAUCACAACGGAAUACGAAACCCAAGUGAAAGAGAUUCGUAACCAAUUACUGGAACAAUUCAAAUGCCUGGAACAACAGUCAGAGGCUCGUAUACAGUUGCUACAGGACCUGCAGGAGUUCUUUCGAAGAAAAUCUGAGAUUGAACUAGAGUAUUCCAAGAGCCUGGAGAAACUCGCUGAACGAUUCUCCUCCAAAAUACGCAGCUCCAGAGAACAUCACCAGUUCAAGAAGGACCAGCACCUCUUGUCCCCAGUGAACUGCUGGUACUUGGUCCUCAAUCAGACAAGGCGAGAGAGCCGGGAUCAUGCCACUCUCAAUGACAUCUAUAUGAACAAUGUGAUCGUUCGGCUGUCUCAGAUCAGCGAGGAUGUAAUCAGGUUGUUCAAAAAGAGCAAAGACAUUGGCUUGCAGAUGCACGAGGAGCUAUUUAAAGUCACAAAUGAGCUCUACACGGUAAUGAAAACAUACCACAUGUACCACACAGAGAGCAUCAGCGCUGAAAGCAAACUGAAGGAGGCAGAAAAGCAGGAGGAAAAACAGUUUAGUAAGUCAGGAGACAUAAACGUCAACCUCCUACGACAUGAGGACCGGCCGCAGAGACGCAGCUCUGUCAAAAAGAUCGAGAAGAUGAAGGAAAAGAGGCAGGCCAAGUAUUCUGAAAACAAGCUGAAGUGCACAAAAGCUAGAAAUGACUACCUGUUAAAUCUGGCCGCAACCAAUGCAGUUGUGGCAAAAUACUACAUCCACGAUGUCUCUGACAUGAUAGACUGCUGUGACCUGGGUUACCAUGCCAGUUUGGCUCGCACAUUCAGAACUUAUCUCUCUGCGGAGUACAACCUGGAGACUUCCAGGCACGAGGGACUGGAUAUCAUCGAGAACGCUGUGGAUAACCUGGAUGCACGCAGCGACAAACACAAAAUCAUGGAUAUGCACAACCAGGUUUUCUGCCCCCCGAUGAAAUUCGAGUACCAACCUCACAUGGGAGAUGAGGUGUGCCAAGUCAGCGCUCAGCAGCCAGUUCAGACUGAGCUCUUGAUGCGAUACCAUCAGCUACAGUCCAGACUGGCUACCCUCAAGAUAGAGAAUGAAGAGGUGAGAAAAACCCUGGAUGCAACAAUGCAGACCUUGCAGGACAUGUUAACUGUCGAAGAUUUUGAUGUGUCAGAUGCAUUCCAGCACAGUAGAUCCACCGAGUCCAUCAAGUCAGCAGCCUCCGAAACAUACAUGAGUAAACUUAAUAUCGCCAAAAGGAGAGCCAACCAGCAGGAAACGGAAGUCUUCUAUUUUACUAAAUUCAAAGAAUACCUAAACGGGAGUAAUCUCAUCACUAAACUCCAGGCUAAACAUGACCUCCUUAAACAGACCCUUGGAGAAGGUGAAAGGGCGGAAUGUGGCACAACAAGGCCCCCAACACUUCCCCCUAAACCACAGAAAAUGAGGAAGCCUAGACCUCGAUCAGUGUAUAAUCAUAAACUGUUUAACGGCAAUAUGGAAACAUUCAUCAAGGACUCAGGUCAAGUCAUACCCCUUGUUGUGGAAAGCUGCAUUCGGUACAUCAAUCUGUAUGGUCUUCAACAGCAGGGUAUAUUUAGAGUUCCGGGAUCUCAGGUUGAAGUCAACGAUAUAAAAAAUUCAUUUGAAAGAGGUGAGGACCCACUGACAGAUGAUCAAAAUGAACAUGACAUAAACUCAGUGGCUGGAGUCCUGAAGCUUUAUUUCAGGGGACUGGAAAAUCCACUGUUUCCUAAGGAGAGGUUCCUGGACUUGAUGUCAACAAUCAAACUGGAAUCUCCUGCUGAAAGAGUGCAUCAUAUCCAACAGAUUAUUGUGACUCUUCCUCGGACUAUCAUCAUUGUCAUGAGAUACCUUUUUGCAUUUCUUAAUCACUUAUCACAAUACAGUGAUGAAAACAUGAUGGAUCCCUAUAACUUAGCCAUUUGCUUUGGACCCACACUGAUGCCCAUCCCUGAUGGUCAGGACCCAGUUGCUUGUCAGGCCCAUGUCAACGAGGUCAUCAAGACAAUUAUAAUUCACCACGAGUCCAUCUUUCCUGGCCAUAGGGAGCUAGAUGGGCCAGUGUAUGAGAAGUGCAUGACUGGAGGUGAAGAGUACUGUGACAGUCCUCACAGUGAGCCAGGAACUAUUGAUGAAGUGGACCAUGACAAUGGCACUGAGCCUCAUACCAGUGAUGACGAAGUGGAACAGAUUGAAGCAAUUGCCAAGUUUGAUUACAUUGGCCGGUCGCCCCGGGAACUGUCCUUCAAAAAAGGUGCCUCCCUGUUGCUGUAUCACAGGGCUUCAGAGGACUGGUGGGAAGGACGUCACAAUGGAGUGGACGGUUUGAUACCUCACCAGUACAUUGUAGUACAAGACAUGGAUGAUGCAUUCUCUGACAGUCUCAGCCAAAAGGCAGACAGUGAAGCAAGCAGCGGGCCCCUUUUAGAUGACAAGGCUUCGUCAAAGAAUGACAUCCAGUCUCCCUGCGAGCACUCUCCAGACUACAGCUUUGGUGGAGUAAUGGGCAGGGUGCGUUUAAGAUCUGAUGGGGCUGCUAUCCCUCGACGCAGAAGUGGUACUGAUUCCCACAGCCCCCCCAGAGGGAGUGGUCCAGUCAUUGAUACUCCCCCUAGAGCUGCGGCCUGCCCAAGCAGCCCCCACAAGAUAUCGGUAAACAGGGGCCGUGUGGAGAGCCCUGAGAAAAGGAGGCUGGCCACAUUCGGUAGCGUUGGCAGCAUCAAUUACCCUGACAGGAAGACCUUGCCCGAUGGCCAUCCCCUGAGGCCAGUGCCUACCUCCACGCGACACAGCAGCCUGGGAGACCACAAGUCACUGGAAGCAGAGGCCCUGGCAGAGGACAUUGAAAAGACCAUGAGCACUGCACUGAAUGAGCUUCGGGAGCUAGAAAGACAGAACACUGUUAAACAAGCUCCCGAUGUUGUGCUGGACACCUUGGAGCCCAUGAAGAACCCUCAGAUGGGCUCUGUGAACUCGGAGCCCGCCAGCCCCCUGCACACCAUCAUGAUCCGCGACCCUGACGCGGCCAUGCGCCGCAGUACCAGCUCUACGACCGAGAUGAUGACCACCUUCAAGCCGGCGCUUUCCGCCAGGCUGGCUGGGGCUCAGCUUAGGCCACCUCCCAUGAGGCCUGUCAGGCCCGUGGUCCAGCACCGCUCCAGCAGCAGCAGCAGUUCCGGCAUGGGCAGCCCAGCCGUCACUCCCACGGAAAAGCUAUUUCCCAAUAAUUCUUCAGAUAAAUCUGGCACAAUGUAGCUGGAGAAUAGCAUCACACUGGUCACAGUAGGGUGAGGUGGCCGAGGGUAAAUAAAUGUCUGUUCAAGGCUGUGAUUUAUGUCAAGAAAUGGUAGCUCAGAAGCUGAGCAAGUUGUAUUUAUUUUUGCUUUCUCUUGGACUCUAGGCACCUGAACUGAACCUUAAUUAUCAAAAUAACCAGCUCUAAAGUCCAAGGUCUAACAUUCAUUUCAAACUAAUAAACCAGAUACAGCUCCAGUUGACAAUUUUUGAAUAUUAACAUGUAAUGCAGUGUAAUGACAACGGAGCACAAGUAUGAAAUACGUUACACAUUUUAGUUGUAAUUUUACCUCAGAAAUGUACAUUUUCUUUGGCUGGUCAUUUUUCAUGUACUGCAGAUGAAGCAAUACAAAUGAGUCUGGCAUUAUUUCAUGUUCUGCCCUGGUCAGUUAGAUGAUUGACCACAUUAUCUUGCUCAGUCAGCCUUUUUUGCAGAGAUAAGAAGCAUCCUUGGGAUCUGACUUCCAUCUCGGACUGGAUUAUGAAAACAUGUUAAGGACUUUGUCUCAAAGGUUGAGCUUCACGCUUACCAGUAUCAGCUUUUGAGUUGUACAUAGAAACAAGAGGUACUCCUUUGGUUUGUGGCAUAAGGGAUAAACAUUCAAGUGACAGAAUAGCAAAACUGCAUGAGUAUAAAACAUGCAGAUAUCAUACAAACCAGAAGCCAAAAUACAAAAUAUUAGUCAGAAACCUGUGGUAAGAUAUGUAGUUUAACUUGUAUAAUAUUGAUGAGUAGUUUAAUUUUUGGAAGUGUUUACCUUGUACAGGCCAAGACUGAACAGGCAAGGAGAUGAGAAUGGCAUUUUGUCAUACAAAAAAAAUAGUGUACAUUUAAACAAAUUGGGUCUGAGUUCAUGUUUCUUUUUUUCUCUUUUUUAACUUUUGUUUCUGCAUGGAGCAUGAACCACACGACAAAGAAAACCUCAUAUUCUGCUAUUUGGACAAAUAACUGUAUUUUGAAUAUAUUAUAUUCUUGUUUUGAUGCACUUAGAAAUAAUGCAUAAAACAAAGAUCAGUAUUUUUAGAUUUAAACAUGGUAUUUGCAAAACAUACCUAAAACUUUCGCUGAUAAAAGACCAUUAAUUUAUACUAGUUAUUUAUAUUAUUUUUAUUCAAGUUAAACUUAACAUAGAUUUAAGCAUUAAUAUUAUUAGUUAUUACCUUACCGUGGCAAUAUUUGUAACUUCAAGUUCAUUUAUUUCAUCAGUCAAGAAACAGGAAUUACAUUUUUCUAGUCUAUCCACUAUUGGAAACACUGUCCAGGUGAAUUGUCAUCCCUACAGUUGGUGAGAAUUGGAAAUCUCUGUAAAAGAGAAAAAAGACAAAUUUCUAAUGCAAGAAAUUAUAAAUGGCAAAUAAAGUGAUCUUAUCUUAUCUUUUUUCAUGGACUGCAACUGGUGGAAAUUAAACUUUCAGUUUUACCUGCCGUAUCUUUCACUAAUCUUUCUUUUUGACCAUUUCGGGUCACUUGCUAGAUCCUUUUAAAGUUCUAAGAUGCACCCAAAAAAAGCAUUGCCUACCUUUUUGAACACUUUGCAAUUGCUUUGGCAACAAAGUAAGGGAAAAAAAAUUCACACUGAAUAUUUCAAUUUUUUUAAAGGAAAGCAAAAUUCAAUGCAUGUACUGAUCGGGUGCCAUAAAACGUGCAGAUCUGGAAUUAGAAGGGGAAUUAAUACACUGCUGUGCAAAAGUUUGAGACAUUUUGCAAUGUUCUGUUGUUUUAACUAGUCGUUUUUCCUUUUUUAUGCAGAAAAACAGUGAAAUGAUGAUUGAAAAUUAAACAUCAGUGCUACUGAUGUUUUAGACAAUCAUUGUUUCAAUUAAAAUCCUGGGAUAGACUGGUAUUUUUUAGAACAUAAUAGUGUGUCAGUUAGAUUACGUUGGUGAUAGAUCCCACUGCUAUUGUACUUACUCUUUGGCUUAUAAUCCAGUGCAUUAUCUAACGUUUCAAUAAUAAGCUCUUUAAGUAUUUAUUUGAAAAUUAGUAGGAUCAAUAUAGUAAUCAAGAGGUUUGUAUUAAAGUACUGCAGUAGAGUGACCGGAGGGCUCACACAUUCAGUAGUUUUGAAUGAGCUACUGCAACACUUCUUAUUGGCUGCUAAUGUACAGUACAGUGAUAAAUGGCUAUUGUUAUAUAUUUGUUGUAAUCGGGUAUUUGAGAUUCUGAUUAAUGUGAAUAAAAGAAUGCCAAAACUCAAGCUUCAUCUCUUCUCAACCAAAACUGAGUUGCAUUAUUACCAAAUUUAGUAUACUGAUAAACAACACUAGUGGAGUCUUUGAGAAAACUUUGAAGCUCCCAGUGUAGGUACACUGUAUCCACAGAUUGUAUCUCAGAUAAGGUAAGACAUUUGCAAAGCAGUGUAUAACAUAUGACAGAGUUGAUUUGUGGCAGCUGUAACGCUGUGUGAUAGGCCCAUUGUAAACACUUUGCUCUGCCGUAAUUUGAUUAUAAAAGUCUGUUUUUACAAGUGUCUGGUUCAGUUAUUGCUAGGGUUUCUGCCACAGAAAUUAAGGGCUAAAUCAUAAUAGGCUCAGAAACCUUUAGUAUACAAUUAUGGUGGCCAACCCUAAUGCUGGAGAUCCACAAUUCAGCAGGUCUUACACAUUAUCCUUACAAAGGACUUAAAAGACUUGAAACAUAUGAGUUGUUGUCAAUUUAGUAAAUUAGUUCAGUUAGGUCAGGAAAGGCCAGCUGUGGUCCUUAUGAGUGACAGUUUUUUUAUUUAUUUUCAUUUUAAUGUUCUCUAAAUGGCUUAAUUGUAUAAAUCACUUGCUGAAGGAGUCGAAAGAAAAAUUGUUCCCAGCCUUUACAAAGUGAUUUAAUAAAACCUGCUGGAUUUUCACUCUCCAGGACCAGGGUUAGAGACCCCUGUAUUCCUGCACACAUUCGAUUUACACAGUUGUUCAUUUGACCUAGAACCAGUCUGUAUUCUUAUCAGGUUUAACAUGAAGAACAGAAACAAAUUAAGUUAGAGAUUCCACAUAGAGUAUAUCCCCAGAGCUUUACAAUAUUCACAUCUCAUUGUGUUUAAUGCUUAUUUAAGUGCCACGUUUUUUUAUUAUUUUGUGAAUGUUUGGUGAAACAAGAUGUUUUGCCAUCUGAUAAACAACUUCUUGCCUGUUCUAGUCAACUUUAUUUAUGUAUUGCUUGUAUUACUGCAAAAUAUGCUGGAAAGUACUGUUACACCUGUUUUCUUUAACUGUAGUAAUAACCCAAAAUCUAACCGAUUCUAGUCAAUGCCAUUAAUUUGCACUUAGUGAUUAAAAGGCUUGAUGUAAUGAUGAAACAAUGCUUAUGAAUUUACAUUCCAGUGUUAUGCUUUCUUUACCAAUCCUCCUCACUGCCUGUUUGCAAGGUGAUGCAAACAAAUUCCUCUCUGACAUCAAUUAUUAUAUCUUUAACGUUCAGCGGGGGAUAUCGCAUAGUUCUAAUGGGAAUCAGAAUUAUAUCAGACAUGUACAGUAGCUCGAAAUGUCACUUUAGAAGAACUUACGUCAUUAAGAAGUUUUCACACUUGUUUGAAAGUGUCUUUCCUUCUUCACGCCACCAUCUUACAGCAUUAUGGGUGCUCAUUAAUUAGUAUGUGAUGGUGCUUCAGUUCUUGAGCAAGUGAAUAUGUUAUUGAUGUAACAAUGGACGCAGACUGUUUGUGGUGCCUUUCUGUUUUAACACGCACAAAGUACCUUAACCUUGCUUUUGAGAAGCUGUGCAAACAGAAUCCAUUGAGAGCUCACUGUCAGAACUGACAACAUUGCUGUCCCAAAUUUAAAUGAAUUUUUAAAAUUGCUCAUUCAGCAGUAGUUUAUUUUCAGAUUCUUUUAGAGGCCCAUAUUCUGUCCUUCAGCAUUACAUUAUGAUGACUGGAAAAAAGCUGGGAUUAAAACUGGAGUUCAUCAUCCGAAAGUUGCUGUUCAGGUAUUGCUCAAUUCAAUUCAUGUGCUUUUCCACCUUUGGCAGACCUAUUUUUAAAUCUUUUUUUACCUUAACAUAGCCUACAUAUACUGUAUUUGCUAAUAGCUAAGAGGAUGGUGCUAUAAUGCCUACUAUGAUCACUGAGCAAUACAGUUAUAUACUUUUUCAUUUAACAUCUUAAAAGUACAAAUGAAAAGAAUGCAAACUUUCAAAUUUAAAAUUUCUUCCAGAUGAAUAGUAAAUUGACAUUAAAUCAAGAUAUAUAGCAGAAAUGUUUCACAUUUGCAUUUUGAGUACUGUUAAAACAAGUUUGUAUGGUUUUACAUGGCUGUCAGGAUCUUUGUAUUAUUAUUAUUAUUACUAAUUUUGAUGCAGGUACAGUAGGAGUCUAGAUUCCUUGAAGCCACUAUUUUCUAUUGACAUACAAUAUUAAAAGUUAUGUGUAUUUUACCUUUGUUUGUGAGAGGAUUACUGUUUGAUUAAAUCACAGAAUUGAACUGUAGACCCACUGUCAAUGAACAUCUACAGUGGGUUAUUGGUAGAAAUCUGCAUGUGAGCUUUGUGCUGCAGAGCUGUUAGUUUUUUUUUGUGAAAAGAUUAAGAUAGGCUCUAGAUUUCCCACACAAAGUCUCAGUAUGUCCCAGUAAUCCUCCAGUGAUCUGACAUCUCUAGAAUGAUUUUUUCAUGUGAAAUUUGAAUUAGACAAAUAGAGUUGAAAAAAUGUGUUGAAAUUUAAAAUCUUACAGCACCAUGCAAAUUGGUACAACACAACAAAAUAAAGCACAACAUUGAUCUUUCCCAGAUAAUGAGCAGCAAAACUGUCUUGUACAUCUCUUGAAACUACCAGAUAUGCAUUUUUAAAAUAAGAAUAUAUAAGUGUUUCAUAUGGGACAAGCAAAUAUGAAAUAUGUAUAUUAAACAACAUACUGUAUGGUAUACUUCUGAAUGUUCCUCACCAUAGAGUUAGAGAAAAUAAAAUGUGUAGUUGAUGCCUUCCCCUAUAUGUAUAAGAACUUUAAUCAGACAUUGUGAUAUAAUCCUAAAAUGUUCUUGUUCCUCAUGACUAUUAAAGAAUUGUGGUAAAUCUAUUGUGUGAUGCAAUUAGAAGGCAGUUUUGAAGGAGUAUUACUAAGAAGUGUAAGCUUAGGUAUAUUGAGGGCGACCAUUUGAAGCCUUGAUUUGGGAUUGGGGAGAAUAGAGCAUAUCUUAAAAAAGAUCUUAUUCUGUAUUUUACGAUUUCUGGGUUGAUGUUUUGAUUGUAGCUUUCAGUGAGUUGCUAAGUAGAUCAUAGUGACUGUCUAAUGGCAAAUAUAAAUAUUACAGCUCUCUAGCUUUCUAGCACAAAUAAAGAAAUUAAUUAGCAAAACCUUUAAGAGGAACAGUUUCUCAUGGCUCAUGUAUGUGAGGGUUUCCUAAAUGUGAUUUUUUCACAAAUUGUUAAUAUUUAAAGUGCCACCAUAAACCAAUAGAAUUGUCUUAUUUAAUUUAAUUUUAAUAUUUAGGUAUGAAAGUUUUGGACAGUUAAUCUAACCAAAUCACAAUCUUGAAGCCUAUUUCCAGUCAUUAAAUGGGAAACAAAAGCUGUUUUCUUUCUUGUAGCUACAAUCUAACAGCAAGCACGUUAUGUAAAAUAGUAAUGCGUAAAACAAAAAGCACAGGAUGUUUUGUUCUUGAUAUAUAAAAACUUAACCUUAUUAUGCUGUAUUAUUAACAUUCAUUGUUACUGUAGUAUUUUGCUAAUUUAUUGCCUUUUUAAUUUUUUGAGAAGUAUUUUUUUAAAGUGCAUUUUGUGCACAAGAUGAGUUUUUAACAAACGUAAAAUAGCUUACUUUUUUAAAACUACAGUGUACAUGAUCAGUAAUGUUUGAAUGCUGUGGUCGCUGAUGGAUUUUCUUUGUCUUCCUCUGAUUUGUUGUCUUGCUUCAGGAUCUUUAUAGAGUCUGCCAUUAUUCAUGCAUCAGCUGAAGGAUAAGUCUUUCAAUGCUCUCACUGUAUGUAAUGAACCAUGUUGGUAUGCAUUCAUUCUCUGCUUGCCAGUGCAAAUGACUGAAGUCAGGAAGGAACAUCUAAUACAGAGCAUAAUGCAGAACUACUGCCCCACUUUAAAGAUCUCUCCUAUUCAAAAGAUCAUUGUUAACGUCAUGGUAUGCAUAAAUAUCACAUCAAUGACAAAUAUGUGUCUUUUCAAACCUUUUGCUUUCUGGCAUAACUGCCAGUCAACAUUUUUUCUUGCCUUGAGAUGUUUUACUCCUGUAAGGGGAUAAACGCAUAUGAACAUGUUUUAAAAACUUCUCUCUGGAGUUCUUGUUAAGUAUAUGUGGAUAUUAAUUUGAUCAGAAAUAGGAUUAGAAGAGGAGCGCCGCAGCUCUCAUUAUGUAUAAAAGGCAAAGUUAUAGGAAAUAUAUUACGUUUUUUUUUUCAGUAUUAAAGGUCUCUUGAUACAUGCUGUGUCCACCAUUCAGAACAAAUUGAUUUCCCUUUUAAGACUUUUUUUCAUCAAAUGAGCUGCCUGCUUUUAAAAUGGUAACCUAGUGUGACUUCUGCUUUCCACAUUUACAUACUACCAAGGUGAUGCUUUGCAGUAUUGUAUGCACAGUGGGCUUGUUUUAAAAAUGUCUUCUAGAACUGUAACAGGAAGUAGUGCACUUUUCUUCUCUUAAUUAUAAGUAACCUUUAGGGUGUGCGUUAAUUUAAGGAAUGUAUAAUAAAUUAGGAGUAUUGUAUUUAAAGGGUAUGAGAGAAUACUUCUUGGCUACUGUUAUAAGCUUCUCAUCAGCUCUUGCCUGGCACAGCCAGAUUUUUAUAUAGGAAAAAAAAUAAUUGGCUGACCUUCUAUGAUGUUGGAUGUUACAUUUAAUUAUAUUCUUUCCUGUAAUGUCUAAUGAGAUUCAUUAAUGAGUGUCUGAAACUUCUGUAAUGUAAUGUACACCAAGCCGUUGGUUGGAUGUUGAGAAUCCUAAUGUCCAAAUAAAUAUAGCUUAAUUUUU